UGCAGGUUGGUGGGUUCGAAUCCAAUUCCCCUGUUUUGCGAAAUUUCUCAGUGUAUUCCGGCUUCUUUCCACUGUACAAAGCACGAAAAUAGGUCAAUUGAUGUCUAAUCUUUUUGUAGUGACUGACUGUGCGUAUAUGUGCUCUGCGGUGAACUGGCAUCUCCAGCCUUGUGCCCCAUGCAGGCUCCAGCUCCCCUCCUCGCCACUUGACGAAGAUGUGAGGUUUGGAAGACGAAUGAAUAUACUGCGAGUCACAAGUAGGCCUAGUUUCAUUUAAUGACUUACUGUUUUAUAUGACUUUAUAACUUUAUUUUUUAUUUUUUAAACAAAAUAAGUCAGCUGCCCAUCUUCCAACCACCUGCUCGUUCGGAGUCGCGGGCACUUAAAGUUGUCAUAACAAAUACAACAGGUUUGGUACUUUUAUUUCAAACAUAUGGCGGACAGGUUGAACACAAACCAGACCAGAGAAGGUGAUAACUACUGAUGAAGGGGAUGGAUGCGCCGUCUGUACUCUGCACUGGACCGCGGAGCAGUUUGAAACGGUCCUGUCACAUUGCUGGCGGGGGUAACUGGGAUAGAUCUGUAGCCAUUGGCAACUGACUAAACCUUGUAAACAAGUCACAUAUGCUGCGACAUUAGUUAUAAAAGUUGGUUAUUAAGGAUGAUAUAAGGGCACCUCGGCACUGUCACGCCACAACUCCCUAUCAUCGGUACCGGCUACAAGCAUUUUCGGCCGAGACUGAGCUGCUACCGGCCCCGCUCUGCUUUAUGAGCGCCAGGAAACCGGGACGCGUUAUCGUGCUUGUUUCUGAGCCAGCCAGGACGGCAUCCCUGCCGAAACCCCAAAUCGGAUCACAUAUGCAGUCGGUUAUUAUUACAUAAAUGCAUCCUUUGAUUAACAUCAAUAAAUUUAUCUUUUUGCUAAAAUCCAAAUAUUUUAAAUGAUACGGAAUCGUUUAAAUUAUAAAUAAGGAAACAUAUAAAUGUGUCAUUCGAACCGUCCUGAACUCGUCUGUUACUUUGUACCACAAUAAUCCAGCAGUGAAAAAAUCGGUUUCCCCUCCCCUUCCCCUCUCCGUCAGGUCCUAAAGCCGGCCCUCCGGCCCUCCGCCGCAGCUCGCAGCAGCCUGCUUCACCCAACAGUGGGAGCGCCGGGCUGUCCGCAGAGAUCGCAGUUUCUCCGGGAGGCAGCCUCAGGAUAGAGACCGGGCCGCGGGCGCUGCGAGACCUGCAAGAGAAAGAGAUUGUAUUGAAUAAAAUGGAUUCCUCUCAGCUGGACAGUCUGCCACUUGCAGGACAAGAUAACCUUCCAGCUUCUGGAAACGAUGAAUCCAAAGGGGGGGAGAAACCAAAAAAAGAGACAAAAGAGCAACCUAGGAAACGGAGAGGUAGGGGGCGCCACCUGAAGGCCAAGUACUCUUACAAAUGCCCGGCCUGCAAGGAGGCUUUUCCCAGCCCCUCAGCACUGCGCAGUCACAAGGUGUCUGCGCACGGCAAGGAGGGCAGACUGCAUGCAUGCACCAAGUGCGAGAAGACGUUUGGCAGCUCGGCGCAGCUGCUCAAACACCAGCGCACUCAUUCCUCCCAGCGGCCCUUCCAGUGCCACCAGUGCCACAAGGCUUACAAGACGCCCACGGAGCUGCGUAACCACUCGCGCUCUCACACGGGCGAGAAGCCGUUCGUAUGCACAGAGUGCGGCAAGGCCUUCAUGCAGGCCAUCUGCCUGCGCAUCCACAUGACGCAGCACAGCGGGGAGCGGCCGCACUCCUGCCCCCACUGCUCCAAGAGCUACCCCACGCUGUCCAAGCUGAAAGUACACCAGCGCUCCCACACAGGCGAGAAGCCUUACUUCUGUACCGAGUGUGGCAAGAGUUUCGCCGACCCCUCUGUGUACCGUAAGCAUCGGCGCAACCACCAAGGCCACCGGCCGUACUCCUGUGGCCAGUGCGGCAAGACGUACACGGAGCUGAAGGAUCUGAAGAACCACGAGCGCUCGCACACAGGCGAGAAGCCCUACCUGUGUUCCGACUGCGGAAAGGCCUUUUCCCGCUCGUCCUCGCUGGCCUGCCACGUGCGCAUUCACUCACAGAGUAAGCCCUACCAGUGUGAGCAGUGCGGCAAGGGCUUCACACAGCUCUCAUCCUACCAGUCUCAUCUGCGCACACACUCCGGCGAGAAGCCGUUCCUAUGCCCACAGUGCGGAAAGAUGUUCUCCGAUCCCUCCAGUUUCCGCCGCCACCAGAGGGCACACUCGGGCUUUAAGCCGUACCCCUGUGAUAAGUGCACUAAGCGCUUCCGGCAGCCGGCUGACCUAGCGGUGCAUCAGAGGGUUCACUCUGGACAGCGGCCGUACAAGUGCCAGAGUUGCGACAAGGCCUUCGUUGCGUCCUGGGACCUGCGCCGCCACAUGCUGGUGCACACGGGGCUGCGGCCAUUCUCCUGCUCCGAAUGCGGCAAGUCCUUCGCUGAGCGCUCCAGCUUGAACAAGCACCGGCGGGUGCAUUCGGGAGAGCGGCCCUUCAAGUGCGGCCUCUGCUUCAAGGCAUUUGUGGUCUCGUCCAGCCUGCGCAAGCAUGAGCGGACGCACCUGGCCGAGCGUGCCCCGGAGCAGCCGCAGCCUGGUCAGAGCCCCGCCACUGUGCAGCCCUUCUCCAUCUCGCUCUCAACUCCCACCACCCUGCCCCAGUUUUCCUGCUCCCACUGUGACGUCACCUUUGGCACGUGGGAGGAGGUCCAAGCUCAUGAGAGCCUCCACGCCGUACCUCCUCUGUCAUCCGCAACUGUCUCCCUGCCCAUGGGUCAGCACGUGUGCCCGCUCUGCCAGGCCGAGUUCAGCCAGCUCUCCGAGCUGCGUGCCCACGAACGGACACACCGCCCUCACAUCUGCGACAGCUGUGGGAAGGGCUUCAUGAACAAGGCCGGUCUGCGCAAACACCAGCGUAUCCACUCCACAAACCGGCCUCACGUGUGCCAGCACUGCGGCAAGGCCUUCCUAUUUGCAGCCUAUCUCCGGAAACACUUGCACACUCACCAAGACUCGCUACCCUCUCCACCUCAGGCUCGCGCCCAGAUCGAACAGGCCCUGACGUCUACAUCAGCACCCGACACGGGUCUGCCAGCCUCCACAGAAAGCGAGGGCAUCUCCCUGGCCGUUCCUGUGUCGGUGUCCCUUUCAGCCUUCCAGACAGUGCCAGCUACGGUGUAUAUAGAGAAGGUCGAGGGCCUCUGAGGCAGCCUCGAGCUGCACUGAGGCAUCUUUCCCUCAAACUCUUACAGCAUCAUUCUUUAUUAAACAGCUUCUGUUUAUGUGUAGUGCAUAUACCCCAAGAGGCAGUUUAAUUUUGUGUACACACAUAACCUAUUUUUCUCUAUAGCGGACUAAGUAUCUCAAUGUUUUAUGUGUGAAUUUUUGUAUUACUUGUUUUUGAGAAAAAUAAAGUUCCGCUGUUUAUUUUGCUGGUUUUAAAAUAGCAGACCCCCUCCCCCAAUGAUAGAGGGUACAGCUUAUUAAAACCGUCUGUUCAGGUACACGCUGCAUUUUUACUGGUUUGUGCUUCUUGGUCAUUUAAUCUCCAAAUGAACUACAUAUUAUGUCAUUACGGCACAUUAUUUAUGUGAGCAUAUCUUUUUACUGCAAAGCAAACCUCAUUAUUGCUUUACAAAGGCCAGAGUUUCAACUCAAAACUUCAAAAGCCACUGAAUAUAAGGUAUAGUAUUUAAGUGCCGUCCUUCAGCCGAUCAUUCAUUGUUCAUCUUUUACGUUAGAAGCACGGUGGCUGGCCCAGCUGUACUUUAAGGUUAAUGUUCUGCAGGUACAUGAGUGUUUCCUUGGGAAAUUAAAAGCAAUCCAUCUUUUCA